GUCUCUGGCUUGAUCUCUUUUUCAACCAGAGAACGUUGGCAACAGACAACAGUUUUGAACAAGCGGGAAAACAAACCAGCACAGUGGUCGUAAUGAGAACAUUAAAAAUUCAGGAGAGAUGAGACUGGCCUUUGUUUUUGACUGAAAUCCACAUGUGUUAUUCUUAGCACCAGGAUUCCUCUGUAUUACUGUCAAGAUAUUAUCUACUUUAAAUCCGUUGAAUUGUCAACAAAGAAAUGGCCUAAAAUUACAUUGCACUAACUUCAAAGCAAAAUAUAUAUUUUAUUGUUAUGAGUCACUUUGACACCACAGAAGAACUAGAUAACAUAGAAUACCUUCAACAACAAACCCGGGAUCCGUUUCAGCUUGAGCUACUUGAUGCAGUAAAACGCAGGCAGAAGAAGGAGACAGGGUUUGCAGAUGGAGAGGCUAACACUCAAAGACACUCGAAAGAACUUGACAUUAGAAUGUCGAAAUAUUUAGGAAAUAGACAAUCACCAUACAGAAAACACAAUCAAAUCGAGGAAUCACCUUUUGAUGGAGAGGUCUCUAGAACAAUGUCUCUUGGCACCAGUACCGUAAACAAUAAACGCACAACACAUUUAGAUAAUUCAAAAUGGAGUCCGUCCAUUUCUGUUGAUAAUGAAGAGCAUGAAGAAGAUGACCUCGACAACGAAAGUGACGAAGACGAUGAUGGAGUUGUUAUAGGGAAUAUCAGGAAUUCACCAAUAAAACAAUAUACACAGGGCCUUAGUGCAUCACAACCCCCUGAAAAUACCGAUGCUAGUAAAGAAAGUCUUGGCCUAAAAACCAGAAGAGCAAGUGGAAAGGAGAAUGAACUUGGGUUGCUGAAAGCUCAUUUAACAGAGGAAGAGUCUCUAUCUCAAAGACGCAAGUCCACAAAGAUGCAAGGAGGAGGUUCCAUUGAAGAAAGGGAAGUAAGUACCAACCGUGAUGAAAGACGAGCUUUGGAAGAAGGAACAAACUUCGAAAGUAAAUCGCAGCAUCUUAGAAGCACUAAUAGUCACGUAGAGCCUUCCCCCAGAACUAAGAAUGAAAUAGAUGAUAUAUUUGGCCGGGGAGCAACUAGAAAACCAGAUUCUUCACAGGAAAGUGAAGGCAACACUCGAAUGAACUACCAGAAGAAAACUGUCGCUAAAAUAGACGAUUUUUCUGUUGAAAAAGUUUGUUCUGAGACGGAGACAAGCGGGCUUAGAUCUCGUUCAGGAUCUAAAAGGGGGCAAGAAACUGCACAUCUAAGUUCCGAGAAACAAAGGUCUCGCAGUGGUUCAGGUAGAACCACACCAUCAAGUGAAUUAGAGUCUACAAAAAAGCCUGUACCGCGCAGGAUGGAGCAGGGUUUUGAAAAGUCUCGAUCCGGUAGAGCAUCGCCACUUGAUGCUCUUUUCUCAAGUCCUAGCAGAAGGACCUUGAAAGAAGACCAAGAAGCUGCUACAGCCUAUGACAUUGAAAGUUCUAGAUCUCGUACCAGUUCAGGGAAAUCAUCACCGACUAAUGAGACCAUUUCAAACUCAGAAAUAAUACAAAAUGGUGGUAGAGAAAGACCAAAAUCAGCGGGGAAACAAAAUAUUAAUGCAACUAGGAAUCCGAAAUCUCGAAAGAGCGAAUUCAAGGAAAAAAAGAUAGAAAAUCACAUGUUUGAUCAACAAGGUCCUUCAGAGCAAACAGAAAAGCAAAGUAAAGACCGAAUAGAUACAGACAUAAGACGUCAUAAGAGAACGAGCUCUUUCGAUAAUGGUUUGUCAAACGAAGGCAGGCCCCGCUCAAAGUCGGAAGCGAGAAACUCUAGCUAUGGUGCUCAUGGAGAUGAAUUCAGAUUGAAAAGGAUUGGAUCUUUACGGUCUUUACCUGAUAAAAAGCAGCUUUUAAUAGACUCUGAUGAAGAGGAUGAUUCUAUUGGCAUUAAAAUGUCUGGCAGCGCAAAAAGAAAUCAUCAAAGUGAGCAGUCAAGUGGUGGUCUGACCAGUACUCCUGGCAUUAGACACUCGCUUGUUCCUGAUGCUUCCAAAAAGACACCGUUGUCUGAAAAACGAGAGCGUGAGUCGAGAGUGGAAGGAAGCAGAGAGGAUAGAAAUGCGUUAACCAACGGCGUGAAGAUGUCAUCAAAACAGUUUUCAAGUAGCGACAAAGAAUCCUUUAAGUUGAAGAUCAAAGGUCGGUCAGACGGCCAUGGAGUGAAGCCCAGCCCUAUGAGAGCAACUGUAACUGUAGAAGGAACUUCUUCUGCGCCUAACAAGAGCCGGAAGGCAGGAAACGCGUUGUCUCCACGGGAAACAAAGAAGAGCCCUGGCAAUAGAAACAUGUCAAAAAGAUCGCUAUCCUUUACAAACAUAAGCAAUAUCAACCCUAAGUCACCCUUCAGAGAUACUGAAGAUGGCGAAGCUACACGAAAAGUCCAGUAUGUAGACUCUAGCAGUUUAAGGGAACAGAUUUAUUAUGAUUGGCUCAAGCAGAAAUCAUCAAAGACAAAGGCUGAGAUAGCAGAACUGAAAAAGAGAGAGAAAGAAAAAGAAGAAGAGGCCGGGCGAGAGAAGAAAGACAAGGAGAUUAUGUCACAAAAAGCUUUCGAAGCUUGGAAAAGUAACAAAGAAGAAACACUAAAAACGAAACAGUCGUCUUUGAAAGAACAGAAAAUCAAAGAGAAGGAAAAGACGGAUGAAACUCAGCAGAAGAAAUUAGACGCGAAAAAAUACUUUGAAUCUUGGAAAAAGCAAAAGGAUGAGGAACUGAUUGAAAAACAUCGAAAGAAAAAAGAAGAAGUAAGAGAAAAAAGAAAGAAAGAAGUAGAAGAAAAGUAUGAAAAAAGGGAUAGCUCGAAAAAAGUUUACGAAAACUGGAAAGCAAAAAAAGAUGAAGCACUAAAAGAAAAAGCAAAAGAGAUGAAAGAAAAAGAGAAGGAAGAAAAACUAAAAGCAAUCGAGAUAAGAGAAAAGAAAAGAGCUGCUGAAAAAAUGUUUGAGACAUGGAAGGAAAAGAAAGUCGAAAGCCCCAGGGAAGAAACAAAACUUAUACAAAGAGCAUGGUGCCCUUCAAGUCGAAACACAGGUCACACAAUACCUACAGACGUGAAGCCUGUUGUACAAAGAAAUCCUCCCAAUAGGACAAGAACAUUAAGUGCAUCUGCAAGGCUACAAAACUUAACUAACGGCUCAACCUUCAAAAAGUUGUGAGUUUUUAGAAAGAAUUAUUUUAUAACAGUACCAAUGUUAUGAUGUUUAAGUAUUUUCAAAUACGAAUCAUAUUUUUUUUUAUAAAGAGAUCCUUUUAGGGCGAGCAUUACAUUACCUAAGAAGGUUUGUGAGGACUAAAGUUUAAAAAGCAGCGCUUUCUGAUUUCUUUGUAAAGCAUUGCUGUACUUAGGUUGAUUUCAAAUAGCUGCUCUGUCCUGUUUCUUUGUUUAUUAGAUAUACAAACAACUGAACAAAUCUAAUCUAAAUAAAAUAUAAACAUUUUAGAUAGCAUACAUUAGAUUAGUGCUAAAAAUUUCAUUAAGGUUUUAUAAGUAUUCUGGAUUUUAAUUGUUAAUGUUGUUCUAAGUUUAACUGCUUGCCAAUAUCACAUAAAGAUCAAGUAAAGCAAAAGACUGCCUUCUUUAAAAACUUCUCAUGUGAAAAAUGAAAAUUCAUUCAAAGUACUAUUUCUAUCUGAUUUUUACUGGUGGGUUCUAGGGUAUGAAAUAAUUCAAUUUUCCAGUUACAAGCUGCAUGAUGUGGUUGUAUUUCCAUCCUUGGUAACCAAGGUAACCAGACUUCCACUUUUUGGCACUUCAACUCCUUGAGUCCAAUUAUAAAACAAACUACAAAGAAGAAAAUAUUCACAAUAUACAAGUGUGCAGCCAGACAGGUUGUUUUAAUGAAGAAAAAUGAGGCAGGUUUCCCUUGUUUCAGAAUAGCCAACAAGUUGCUAAGUUUUACCCUGAUGAAUAUUGAGACAAACCAAUAGAUAAAAUGAAGCACUUGAUUUUGUUUUUGCAACAACUCACUGUCCUGAUCUAACCUUCAAAGUGAUUGAAGUGAAAAAGUGAGAAACAAUCUUUUUUCUUGGGAAAUCAUUUUGUACAUCUUAUCUGGGUGCAUCAACAUUUCAAAGCACCUACAUGAAUAGACAAUCUAAUGUUGAAAUCCAAAACUUUCUGAUGGCAACUUCAGUGCGCAUUUACAGGACCUGCUACUUACCAAGCAUAACACUGAAGCAAAAACGCCAUAGCUAUUGAAUCCAGUUGACUAUUUAGUGGUUAGACAUAAAUAAAUUAAAUAAAUUCAAAUAUUUAUAGAUCAAUGCAGCAUGUUUUAAA